CACACACUCGUGUACAGACACAGAAGCACAUUUUGCUCCACAGCGUGGACCAAGGGCGACAUAUUUCAUUCACUAUAGCCGAAAGACGCUGGCCUGAAACUUCUAUAAGCUGAAGUUUGGUAAACAUCUCCUCUGGCACUCCUGGGCUGCCAUUAAUGUGAGGUGUCCCACCAUGGCCUGGGUCACGGCGUUAAUAACAGCCAUAUCCUGCCUGCUGAUGAGCCGGGGCUACUGCCAAUCAAACUCCUCCAACGACUUCCUGUUCUCCAAAGACCCCGCGGCCAUCCACGCUACCCUCUCACCCCUGCCCCUACUCUUGGAGCUGGAGAGGUCAGAGGACAUGACCCACAAGCCUGAACACACUCUUCAUGCCUCCUCACACUCCUCUUCCCCUUCUUCAUCCUUCACUCUUGGGAAUGAUUCAGCUCUCACCCGGUCUCCUCCGCCGCCCUCCUGCUCGCGGGAAACGGCCAUGAAACCAGUGUUAAAGUAUGUGAACACAGUGUUGUCCUGCAUUAUCUUUGUGGUGGGCAUGGUGGGCAAUGCCACCCUUCUGAGCAUCAUCUGCCAGAACAAGAUCAUGAGGAAUGGGCCCAACGCCCUCAUCGCCAGCUUGGCCCUGGGGGACCUCAUCUACAUCGCCAUCGAUAUCCCCAUCAUCGUAUAUAAAUUGUUGGCGAUGCAGUGGCCAUUUGCCGAUCAGCCAUUUGGCCUGUUCCUGUGUAAGCUGUUUCCAUUCCUUCAAAAGGCUUCUGUCGGGAUAACUGUGCUCAACCUGUGCGCCCUGAGCGUGGACAGGUACCGUGCUGUGGCCUCGUGGAACCGUGUGCAGGGUGUGGGCAUCCCUUCUUCAACUGCAGUGGAGAUCGUGUGUAUCUGGUUGCUGUCCAUUUUGUUGGCCAUUCCAGAAGCUAUGGCCUUCGACAUAAUCAGUUUCGAGCGCAACAAUGUGACUGCGCAUACCUGCAUGCUCAAAGCAGAUACAACGUUUAUAAUUUUUUACAGAAAUAUAAAGGACUGGUGGUUGUUUGGCUUUUAUUUCUGCAUGCCGCUGUUAUGUACGGCCUUCUUCUACACGCUGAUGACCUGCGAGAUGCUGAAUCACAGGAAAGGAAGCCUGAGAAUUGCUUUGAGUGAACACCUCAAACAGAGGCGUGAGGUAGCGAAGGUAGUGUUUUCUCUGGUGCUGAUCUUUGCUCUGUGCUGGUUCCCUCUGCACCUGAGCCGCAUUCUGAAGAAAAUGGUAUACAGUGCAGAGGAUACUGGACGCUGUGAUCUGCUCAAUUUCCUGCUGGUAUUUGAUUACUUUGGCAUCAAUCUGGCAACCAUAAACUCCUGCAUUAAUCCCAUCAUACUCUGUUUUGUCAGCAAGAAGUUCAAAAAUUGCUUCAAGUCAUGUUUGUGCUGUUGGUUUUAUUCGGGUUCACUGUUGAGCAGCACGGGAACCAGUAACCUGUACAAAAACCCUGACCUCCAUAACGUCCCUACAGAUCGCACAGCACUACGCAAAGCCAGCUACAACUGAUCCUGAUACAUUUUAUAACAUGCCUUUUUGCUAAUGCUGCAAAAGAAAGUGAUUACACUGAUGAGCACUGGCUAUGGACACGCGUGAGGUUUAUGUAAAGAAGCUAUGGCCUGACACUGAAUGGGUCACUACAAGGAAUGGGUCUUUGGACUGCACUGCACUGUGACUGUAAAGCAGAUGUUCCACUCUGACCAUUUCCUUCAUCCUUUCUCUGAAGGUUACCGAGCUUCUUUGAUUAAUUGUCUGUCACUUAAAAUCUUCACUGACUGUUAAUACAAACCACACUUCAUUGAUGACGUUGAUCAACAUUGACUCACACUAUAAUCAUAUAGAAAAUGACUGUAUUUUUGUCAGCUGUAUUAAUAUUGUUUUUUGUAUUUAUUAAUUUAGUCCUAAAGGGGUCUUUGGAAAGAUAACUUUAACUCUUGUAAUGUCAUAGUUACUGUCAGCGCUAACAAAAGCAAAGGGCAACUCAGUAUCACUUAUUUUCACUUACAGCUCAUUAAAACAAGCAGGGAAAUCCUGUUCAAAGUACAGAUAUUAAACGUUCCAUCGAAAAAAAAAAAUGAAUCUGAGGUUUUGAAUAUGAUUUAAAUUUGAAGAAAAGUUGCUGCCGUUUUGUUUUGCAGAAACAAAGUAAAAACAUUCCAUAUAUUUUUUGCCAUGUUGACAUGGAAUGAAGGAAAAAGUCAGAAGUGCUCUCAAUGCCACCUGUAAGUAUAUAAUGUAAAUGCCAUUCAUUAUUUUAUUAACAAUGUGAUUAACUAUAUAACUAUGUAAUUCCGUUUGUUCUAAUGCAUAACCAUAACAGUGAACCACGAAGAAAAACGACAUAUCAUCACCUUUGGGACAAAGUCUUCUAUCUCCCUUUGAUUUAUUAAUUAAUUAUUAUUAUUUUUACAUCAUUUGAAAGCACUAACUGACCUUUAUAUUAUGUGAAAAUGUAAUGAUCAAAAAUGCUCAAAAAAGACUUAGAAUACAAUCUCGUUGCAUUAACUUACACUAAACAUUGAAGGGGAACUCCACCUAAUUUCCAAAAUUUCUGUUAAAUUGUGAAGAUGUAAACAAAGUCAGAGUGACUUUAUGUGAAAUGAUGUAUUCUAGAGACACUUGGUAGUGAUAGGAACCAGACGUCCGACUUUGAAUAGUUUGUUUACCUCUCAAAAAUGUAAUCAACCUGAAAUUUAAAAACAAUUGGUGAAGUUACCAUUUGGAGACGCGCGUGGUUUUCCCUGACAGCAACAAUAUAUAUUCAAAUGACCAAAAUCUACACAUGAUGCACAACAUUUGUCUAUGUAUAUUACAUUAUUCAUGUUUGUGUUGGGCAAUUUUUUGAGUUGGUGUUUACAGGUAUCCUAUACGAUAGUGUUACAUGUUGCAAGCCUGUUGUUUUGGCUCCUGCAGGCAUUUCAAUGUGCCUGCAUAUUAGGGUUAAUAUAGGACUACAGUAAGCUGUCCUCACCACUCUGUAAUGUACCGUGCAACACCUACUGCUGUUAAAUACCAUCAUUGUUUGUUCAUUUUUUUGUUCGUUUUUGCAUCAGUGUUGUGUAAUGCUUGUUAAAAGGAAAAUAUGUGUCUUGUAUCCAUAAAAACUGUUAGCCAGUCAGUAUUGUACUGUGUUUUACUGUGUCUGGUGGUUCAUUUAAAGCUCUUUAUUAAAACAAGCUGGAGUAAA